ACGUGUGCACAUGUGUGCUCACCAUCUCCCUGCACACAGAGUGUUCCUGUGACUGCUGUGCCCUGCAGGGCACUCCCAGGGAGCUCACAGGGGUGAGGGAGGUUAAAGCUCCAGGAAUGGGGCAAAAGGGGCAUUUCCUGGGUCCUCUUCCAUUUUUUUGGCUACUGUGAAGGCUCAGCUGCCCCUCCAAGGUUCUGCUUUCUGACCGUGCUGUUCCUUGCAGGUUCCCAGCUCCGAGAUGUGCUCCAGGCAAAGCUCCGGGGGCUGCCACGGGAUGUCCUCCCAGUCCAGCGGGUGCCACAGCGGGGGCUCCUCCGGCUUCCAGUCCCAGGGCUCCUCCUGCUGCGGGGGCUCCUCCGGCUACGGCGGGGGCAGCGGGGGCUCGGGCAAGGUCAUCAUCAGCUCUGGGGGUGGAGGAGGUGGAUCCUGCUGCUCCUCCGGCUACGGCAUGGGAGGAGGGUACGGUGGUGGGUCCUCAGGAGGCAAGGUCAUCAUUGCAGGAGGAAGCAGUGGAGGAUCCUCUGGAUGCUGCAGUGGAGGAUCCAGCGGUGGCUACGGGAAGGGGGGAGGAUAUGGUGGUGGGUCCUCAGGAGGCAAGGUCAUAAUUGGAGGUGGAGGUUCCAGUGGAGGAUGUUCAGGCUACGGAAUGGGAGGAGGGUACGGUGGCGGAUCCUCAGGAUCAAAGAGCAUCAUUGUGGGUGGAGGUUCCUCUGGAUGCUGCAGUGGAGGAUCCAGCUAUGGGAUGGGAGGAGGAUACGGUGGUGGUUAUGGUGGUGGAUCUUCAGGGUCAAAGACCAUCAUUGUAGGUGGAGGUAGUGGAGGAUGCAGUGGUGGCUAUGGCAUGGGAGGAGGGUACGGUGGUGGAUAUUCAGGAUCAAAGAGCAUCAUUGGAGGUGGAGGUAGCAGUGGUGGUUAUGGCAUGGGAGGAGGGUAUGGUGGUGGAUAUUCAGGAUCAAAGAGCAUCAUUGGAGGUGGAAUCAGUGGAGGAUCCAGCUGUGGGAUGGGAGGAGGAUACGGUGGUGGAUAUUCAGGAUCAAAGACCAUCAUUGUAGGAGGAGGCAGUGGAGGUUCCUCUGGAUACUGUGGUGGAGGAUCCAGCUAUGGCAUGGGAGGAGGAUGUGGUGGGGGUUCUUCAGGAGGGAAGAUCAUCGUGGGAGGUGGAGGAUCCUCUGGAUGCUGCGGGGGAGGAUCCGGGGGCGGCUCCUCAGGCCAGUCCAUCAUCAUCAGCUCUGGAGGGUCCUCCCAGCAGAAGUGCCCCAUCGCCAUCCCCAGCAUCGUGUCCCACCAGAGCAAGCAGAGCUGCUGCUUCCCCUCCGGCCAGAAGUGA